UUUAAUGCUAAUAGCUACAGAUACUCACCGGAGAUUUCCAGCGGUUUAUGGCAUUUUCUUUCUCUUCCUGCCAAAGGGUGUAUGCGUUUCACUGCGAGUGUUAUGCAGAGUGAAGCACUACAAGUAGCUUCCUCGAAAUUUAGGUUUAAAAGAGACCCUUUUGAUCAUUUAACUUGCUGUCCACUCACCGACAAUGAAGCGAGUCAAGGUCGAGUCUUCAGUCCCAAUGACUCGACUCACAUUGAUUCAGGCUUUAAUGGCCGUCCUUCUUGUAUACUUGCUCUUCAUGAGCCUUGAAAUCCCUCUCAUUUUCAAAACCGGCUAUGGGUCGGUGCCCGGCGAUGGCUCUCUCAUCGACGCCUUGCCUAGGCCCAUAUUGGCCGACGAUGAUGAAGCAACUCGAACGGUGUUGGAUCCUCAUCGGGUCUUUCUCCGGAUCCCUGAAAGGCGAGUGCGAGAGACGAAAAGAUUAUCUGGUCUGUUCUUCAAUGAGUCUAUUUUCGAUGCUGCUGACGCUGUCGAUGAACUCUCUGCCCUACACAAGGCCGCUAAACAGGCGUGGCUCGCUGGGAAGAAGCUCUGGGAAGAGUUGGAGUCGGGUAAAGUUCAAGCCGACCCUAUCAACGUCGAGAAUCGCAUUGAACAUUGCCCGGUGUCUAUGGCUUUAUCCAGUUCGGAGUUUUCCGCUCGUAAGCGGAUCAUAGAGCUCCCCUGCGGACUGACUCUGGGGUCCCACAUAACGGUGGUGGGGAGUCCGAGGUGGGCCCACCUGGAGAAGGACCCGCAAAUAGCGUUGCUGAAGGAGGGGGAGGAGGCACUGAUGGUGUCCCAGUUCAUGAUGGAGUUACUGAGGUUGAUGACCGUUGAUGGAGAGGAAUCACCAAGAAUUCUCCAUUUCAACCCGAGAUUGAAAGGUGAUUGGAGUGGGAAACCUGUUAUAGAGCAUAACACUUGCUAUAGAAUGCAAUGGGGAACUCCGUUGAGAUGCGAGGGGUGGAGUUCUCAGGCCGAUGAGGACACUGUUGAUGGGCUGGUGAAAUGCGAGAAAUGGCUUCGUGAUGAUGAUUCUAAUUCAGAAGAUUCAAAAGUCGCAUGGUGGUUGAAUAGACUGAUAGGACGACAAAGGAAGAUCUCGUUCAACUGGCCAUUCCCUUUUGCUGAGGGCAAGUUAUUUGUUCUUACUUUGAGUACUGGCUUGGAAGGUUAUCACAUCAAUGUUGACGGGAGACAUAUCACUUCUUUUCCAUAUCGCACUGGAUUUGUUCUAGAGGAUGCCACUGGAUUAUAUUUGAAUGGGGAUGUUGAUGUGCAUUCUGUUUUUGCUGCUUCCUUACCUUCCUUACAUCCAAGUGUUGCACCGCAGCAGCAUCUUGAGAUGUUCAGGAAGUGGCAAGCACCACCUCUUCUUGACGGGCAAGUUGAGCUCUUCAUCGGUAUCCUCUCUGCUGGCAACCAUUUUGCUGAGCGGAUGGCUGUAAGGAAAACCUGGAUGCAGCAUAAGCUGAUAAGAUCUUCAAAAGUGGCGGCUCGGUUUUUUGUAGCACUGACUAUAUUUUUUAUUCAACAGAAUGGAGGAAAGGAAAUAAAUGCACAGCUAAAGAAAGAAGCAGAUUUUUUUGGUGAUAUUGUUAUAGUUCCAUACAUGGAUAAUUAUGACCUUGUUGUAUUGAAGACAGUUGCAAUAUGUGAAUAUGGGGUUCACAAUAUGGCUGCAAAGUAUAUCAUGAAGUGUGAUGAUGACACUUUUGUCAGGGUGGAGGCCAUGAUACAGGAGGCAAAGAAGGUGCCAAGAGAUGGAAGCCUCUAUAUUGGAAAUAUUAACUACUACCACAAGGUUUUCCGCAGUGGAAAAUGGGCAGUGACAUACGAGGAAUGGCCAGCAGAAGAGUACCCACCCUAUGCAAAUGGUCCAGGCUAUAUUAUCUCAUCGGACAUUGCACAAUUUGUUGUGGCCGAGUUUCAAAGUCAUCAGUUGAGAUUGUUUAAGAUGGAAGAUGUGAGCAUGGGAAUAUGGGUGGAAAAGUUCAACGGUUCAAAACCUGUAGAGUACGUGCACAGCCUUAAGUUUUGCCAGUAUGGAUGCACUGAAGAUUAUUACACUGCGCAUUACCAAUCUCCAAGGCAGAUGUUAUGCCUCUGGGAAAAAUUACAUCAGGGAAAACCCCAAUGCUGCAAUAUGAGAUGAUACUUGUAUGAACAUAAUGAUAGUGUUCAGCCUCAUUAUGGUAAUUCUGAGAGGAAAAAGAAAGAAACCCCAAGAAACAAGUUUUUGCAGUCAUAGUAAAUCUCUGUGUAUAUUCAGAGCGAUUUAAGACAUACUGGGUUUCGGAUCCUCAUUGUGUACAUUCGUCACUCUAAAGUUCCUUUUUGUUGUUUCAAGUAGCCACAAAUGAUUUCCCCUGGUGCUGUAGAUUGUCCUAGCAGUAAUCUUGCUAGAGGGGCUGUACAAUUUAUAGAAGAGUUCCUGGUUUUGUAAUCUAUAGCGGGAAAGCAUAGGAGUGGAAGAAUUGAAAACAUUGUGGUUUCUCUCCAUUAGUUUCUGUCUAGGAUGUGGAGAGUAUCCUUGGACAUUGCCUUUGUUAUUAUUAUAUUGUUGAUUUUCAUUGGGAAGGUGAUGUUCGAAGUAUGGGCCUGGAUUGAUUGCGAUGUGCAAUCAAAUCUGAAACAUAUGGCAUGAGACUCUGGGCUGUUUAGAAAAAGAUUGAUGUAUUUCAUCAACCCAUUUGAGAUUCUUCUUUUUCUUAAUAAAAAAAAAAGAAAAAGAAAACCCCACAUUUGAGAUUCC